AUGUUGUUCCGCGCUGCGGUCCGUCAGUCCGCGCCCUUGAGGCGUCAGGCCCUCACUCCUCUUGCUCGUCGCUCCGUCACCACCGACGCCGCUUCGUCGCAUGCUGAAAAUGUCCCCCAGGAGGAUGACAAGCCCUUCACUGUCCGCCUCUCCGACGAGAGCUUCGAGACCUACGAGAUCGACCCUCCCCCGUACACCCUGGAGAUCACCAAGAAGGAGCUCAAGCAGAUGUACUACGACAUGGUUUCGAUGAGACGUAUGGAGAUGGCCGCCGACCGUCUUUACAAGGAGAAGAAGAUCAGAGGUUUCUGCCACUUGUCUACCGGUCAGGAAGCCGUCGCCACCGGUAUCGAGCACGCUAUCACCCGCGACGACAAGGUCAUCACUGCCUACCGUUGCCACGGUUUCGCCAUGAUGCGUGGUGGUACCGUCCGCUCCAUCAUCGGUGAGCUGCUUGGUCGCCGUGAGGGUAUCGCCUACGGAAAGGGUGGUUCCAUGCACAUGUUCGCCCCCAACUUCUACGGUGGUAACGGUAUCGUCGGUGCUCAGGUCCCCGUCGGUGCUGGUCUCGCUUUCGCCCAGCAGUACAACGAGGAGCCCACCACCUCCAUCGUCCUCUACGGUGACGGUGCCUCCAACCAGGGUCAGGUCUUCGAGGCCUUCAACAUGGCCAAGCUGUGGAACCUCCCCGUUCUGUUCGGUUGUGAGAGCAUAGUUAACAAUCUCCUGCUAGACAACAAGUACGGUAUGGGUACCUCCGCCGCUCGUUCCUCCGCCUUGACCGAGUCCUACAAGCGUGGUCAGUACAUCCCUGGUAUCAAGGUCAACGGCAUGGACGUCCUGGCCACCAAGGCCGCUGUCAAGUACGGUAAGGACUGGGCUGUGGCUGGCAACGGCCCCCUGGUCUACGAGUACGUCACCUACCGUUACGGUGGUCACUCCAUGUCCGACCCCGGUACCACCUACCGUAGCCGUGAGGAGAUCCAGCGCAUGCGCAGCACCAACGACCCCAUCGCCGGUCUCAAGCAGAAGAUCCUCGACUGGAACGUCUGCUCCGAGGACGAGCUCAAGUCCCUCGACAAGGCUGCCCGUGCCCACGUCGACGAGGAGGUCGCCAUCGCCGAGAAGAUGCCCCUCCCCGAUAACACCCCCCGCAUUCUCUUCGAGGACAUCUACGUCCGUGGCUCCGAGCCCAAGUGGAUGCGUGGUCGCACUGUCGACGAGACCUUCUACUACUAG